UUAAAUCAUUUAUUUACUAUUGAUCACUUGACAAGGUGAAAUAAUGUGUUUUCGUUAUUCUACAAGUGCACACUAUGACGUCAGAGACACUGAAAGAAGUUGCUGAAGGAGCCAUUUAACAGUUACCUCCGGGGAUGCUGUACGGUGGUUCAGGUCAACUAUAACAUUAACGGUCAACAACUCUAUCAUGGACAAGCAUCAUAACCAGCAUGGUAGCCUGAGGUGGUCGCAUGGAUUCCUUGCACUAGUGUUGAUGUUGUUUUUGUUCGCUUUCCUACUGUCAUCGCUUGUGAUGUCCCAGUAUAUAGUCCAUCACCUCCAGAAGGACAUGUUUCCAAACUCAACUCUUUCUUCCUCAAAUGUAACUACCUGCAAUGCUAACAAAUCAACAGAAGAAUACCGGGAGAGGACGGCGGUACAGAAGACUGCAGCUGAGCUAAACAUUUACAUCAAACUGGUGGAAAAUUUACCUGCUCUCGUCACAAGUAGCAUAAUCGGAGGACUCAGUGACCGGUUUGGAAGAACACGACUCCUUACGCUUACAACGACUUGUUUUUUUCUCUCAACAUGCGUUUUUAGUGUCAUAGUUUAUCUUGAGAUAAAUGUUUACUAUUUUUUAGUUAGUACAAUACUGAAUGGUAUAGGGGGAGGUAUGUACAGUGCACUCGCUAUUGGAUUCGCCUAUAUCUCCGAUAUAACAAGUCAUGGGAAGCAACGUACUCUAAUGAUAACUGUUCUUGAAGCAUCCAUUGGGAUCGGUGCUUCACUAUCAGGGUUCGUUUCUGGGUUCAUUAUUGAAGGUAUCGGAUUUUUCUAUGCAAGUGUUUGCGUGUGUGCAGCAUCUGCAUGUUCCUUGUUGGUGGUUGUGUUCCUUCUGCCAAACUCACGCCCCCCUGAAUUGUUGUUGUCCAGAACGUCACUUCUUGAUAAUGCCCGUGCAUCAUUUGCGUUUUAUUUUCGAGCGUCUCCUAUGAGGCUCAAAUAUAUACUAGCAAUUACUGCUUUUAUGGUCGGGUCAUUUUCCCUUUUAGGCAAACCAAGUGUAGGUGUCUUAUACCAGUUGAAUGUACCAUUUUGUUGGACAUCUGUCAAAGUUGGUUAUUACGCUGCUAUCUCUAUCUCCACAUCAAUGAUAAUAGGCGUUGCCAUCGUCAAAUUCCUGCAGAAAUUUUUCGCGGAAGAAACUAUUGGCAUUUUCAGCGGAAUCUCUGGUUUAAUAUCUAGUACUGUGGAGGCUUUUGCCGUCAAUGACGCCAUGCUAUUUUCAGUUCCAGCCAUCGGUUUCCUUAAUACGUUAUUGUAUCCGAUGAUCAGAUCGAUACUGUCCAAGCUUACUCCUGCGGACAGACAGGGCGCCCUAUUCGCCGGAGUAGCUGUAGCAGAAAUAGUAGCAAACCUGGGAAGUAAUGUUGGAGCGUCGGCUAUUUACUCCGCAACUGUAGAUACCUAUCGGGGAUCUGUCUACCUCGUUUUUGCGAGUCUGUCUUUCCUUACCACGUGUCUUCUACUGAUGUAUCGUAUCACAAAAGGAAGGUCGAAGACCGUGCCAAUUGCGGAUAAAACCUUAGACGUCCCUGACACACAAAUACAGGAGGAAAAAUUAUGAGAUGAAAGUAAACAGUUUUUUUUUUGACAACACCAGUAAAAGUAUGAUUAUCGAGUAACGAGGGCAGUUUGGCUUUAUAAAAUGGUGUCUUUUUUAUUCUCAAAUCCAAAUUUGUUCAAGUGUCAAUAAAAUUUUACAUGACGGUUCACAA